AUAUACCCGUAACAAGGAGGCGUAUAGAUAAAGUUGUACCGACAUAACAAAUGGUGGCAGUUCACAGUUUGUAGGCAAAUUAUUCCUUCAAACUCACUAAAGUACCAACAUCAUGGCAAGUAACAUAUCCGUACGGCGUGCCCAGGAUCUCGUUACCUACACGUGUGCUUUGUGUGACAGUGAAGACGGGGUACGUUGGUAUUGCAACGAUUGCCAGGAGAAUUUAUGUGAUUGGUGUAAGGAAACUCAUACACGCGGAAAGAAAACUCAAAACGAUGACGUGGUAUCGAUAGGGAAGGCUAACCGCCAGAGCGACAAGCCUAUACCAGAGGUAUGUAAAAUACAUCCCGGUAAAUUAUGUGAUCUCUAUUGUUCAGACUGCAACCUGUUGUUUUGUUCGAUGUGUUUAUCUAAAACUCAUAAACACCACAACUGGAAACAUUUUGAAGACGAAUUUUCCAUUAAAAAGCAACAUCUCAAAGAACAUAUGACAGCAAUUUCUGUUAAAAUAGAACAUUUCAAGAACGAGACGUCAGAGCGACAUCGUGUUAACGAAGGGUUCAACGACAACAUUGAUACAAUGAGGAAAGAGGUGAACUCUCAAAGGACGAAGUUAAAGGCAGAAGUAGAUUAUAUCGCUGAUGCAAUACUCGCUGAAUUAUCGGCUUUAGAAAAAGAAGAAUCAACCAUGCACAAGAAAGAUUGUCAACGAAAAGUCGAAGAACUGACGGGUCUGCUUGAACAAGCGGAAAUAGCGAAUAUAUCAAGUGUAUCCUUGUUUGAAACAGAAAGGUCAUUGAGGACAACUCUGCCACUGUAUGACGUUAAUGUGAAAUAUGUUUCACCAAAACAAUCAAGCUUUGUUACCGGAAGUAUCGACAGCGUCAUGUUGACGAAAAUGUUAGGUAUAUUACACAGCGAGAACCGGCACGAGAAGACAGACAUCGACAGUAAACACGUUCAACGUCUCUCAAAGUUUACGGUUACACCAAAAAAUCAAUUAAACGGUAUAUAUCCAGUCGACGACAGUCACGCGUGGUUAUCACUAUACCAAUAUCAGGGUCUGGUACUGGUCAACAGGGAGGAUGUGGUCAUAGAGACAGUAAAACUGGACUUCUGUCCGUGCAGAAUCGCCAUGGUCGGGGCAACAGACAUACUUAUGACCAGUUAUCCACAUAGUACAUUUGUAUAUAACCUAUCACUACUCGACAAAGACGUGACAAUAUUUGCUGACAUCAGAACACAUGACGCAUACGACAUCAGCAUCAACAAAAGGGACGAGGUGUUUGUUAGUACGAGUACACCAGACAUGGUGGUACUGAAUCAGUCAGGUACGAUUGUGAGGAAGGUCACGAUUGGAUCAGAAACUAUAAUGUUCGUUGUCUGCUUGUCACCUGGAUGUCUGUGUGUAGUUCAAACAAUUGGAGGACGUUUGUAUGAUAGGAACAUAAAGAUAACAGAUGAGUCAGGUACCGUCAUACAGACAUGGACUGGUGAAGUCAACAACGGUCAACAGGUCGGUAGUAUGAACCUCUGGAAGAUGUCAUGUGAUAAGUACGAUAGAGUAUUUGUACCAGACAUCAGUAACAAUCAGGUGUACGUCCUACCGAGAGACGGCAAACAAGCUGUGUGUCUCCUGGACCAGAAACAUGGAGUGAUGGAACCUACAGCGGUGGGUGUGGACACGUGGGGUAACGUGUGGAUCGGGUGUAACGACGGUACUGUACACGUGAUGAGACUGUAACACGAGGGAAUAGUACAUAGGGUACAUUUGACCUCGUGGUACAAUAAAACAUUAUGUAAAUAUCAUUCCACGACAGUUCGCUGAUGUAUGAAGCAUGAAAUACCCUCAAGUAUCGAUUCAGAUUGUACAAACAUUUGAACAGUGAAUGUAUUAGUGUUACAUGACCGUGGUAAUCUGACAAACAUAAGUAACUAUAUUGUUUAUAACAACCGACGAUGCAUGAUCAUUGAACUGAUCAACGAAUUAAUAAGUGAUCUCGACUAAGGCUUUUGUUGUGUGUGAUUUUGAAAAUUUUCAUUCGUUUGGAAUUAUUUUAUUUCAUCUUAUGGGGGAGAACGAUUGAGAGUGAGAGAUAUCCAGGAGAGAGAGAGAGAGAGUAAUAGAUAAAAAUUCAGAUAGACAGAGUCAGAGAUAGAGUGACAGACGGAGAGGGAAACAAACACAAUAUCAAUAUUUAUGAGUGCUUUGUGUAUGGUUUGUUACUCGGAAAAUUUCGUUUCUAAAUGACAUAAACAUCAAAAUACAUUAUAUUAAUUGGCUUUAGAUUUGAAUACUUUUCUUAGGCCAAAGGAAGAAAUGUUUAUUUCCAGUUACCUUCCCUAUAUUUUGUGCCUACCUUUAACUUCUUCUUUUUUUUUGCAAUUUUAAAGGAAGCACUGCUAAAGUAAAAAUCACUUUACUGAAUACUUUUCUUUGUAAAUGAAAAAUGAAUUUAAUUUUCUAUCCUUAUUUUUCCAGACAUGUAAAAGGAAACAUAUAUUAUUUUGCUUUAUUUUCUAUUUAUGUAUGAAUAUUUAACUAUUAUCAUUGACAUGUAACAAGAAUGACUGAUACAUUUUGAUUUGUAUUUACAUUGUUAUAACCUUUAGACAGACAUAUAUAGAUAUAACACUAAAUAAAAGCUCCCAUUGUAUUACUGCUGUGUAUUUGUUUGUUUGAACUAUUUAUAGGUAUCUGAAAAUCUGAUAAUAGGCUAGGUUAU